CUUUUUUAAAGUUAGCUUCUUUCAAACCUUUUCACGGAAAACGAAAAACUACAUUUCUUCUCAAUUUUGCAGAAAGAUCCUGACCAUGAUCAUGAACAUCAGGUGCUCCUAAUAAAUUCUGAACUGCGCAUCUUCGUGGUUGUGUUGGUCUGUGGAAGCAGACCGGGACCGGCUCCUUAGAACUAUGGAGGAGUUUGAGUUUCUGAAUAUUUCUCAGAUUUGUUCGUUACGGUUAACGUAACGACGCGCGACCAUGCUUGAAGGGUACGAAGGCCAGCGUCCUGCGACCGCGUCGGGUACUACAGGGUCUCGUCGUGCUAGACCCGAGAUGCACAAAACAAAUACGUCGUCUGCGGCAACGCCACGUAAAAAAAACGUGAGGAGACCCCUCAUAUCCGGGCUAGAAGCGGCGUUUAGUACGUCGUCGCUGCAACAAAGACAGGCGUCCGAGUCUGUAAACCAGGAGGGGUCCUUGCACGGAAAAAAUACAGGGGACACUAGUAAGGAGCGCCACAUCUUCGAGAAAGAUAAGCGCGGCGUCGUGGCGUUCGACAAUGAGCGACUCGCGUCGGUGCAUGUGAUUCCUGCAAAAAGCGCGUCUAACUUUUACGAGGAGGACUUGGUCGUGUCUAGCAACACGGCCGGGUCAGGUCAAGCUGUCUCGUCCGCGUUUGGAUCCCUCGCGACGUCUCAGCGAGGAACGGGUAUAUAUUCUACCUUCGAGGGUGCUCCCCGCCACCCGCUGCAAACCGCCGACUCGCUGCCCUUCCUGCAUCAGAAAUACGACGGUCGUGCGCUCCUGCAGGCGCGUGACGGAGUGAACAAGGCUGCUGCAGCUGGUGGUCUCGCGGAGAGUACAUCAGACGAUCGAGAGUUUCGACUUUCUCCCGGGGCGGCGGGCGUAGCACCACUAGAGGGACUGGACGCUGAGACUGAUGACAUCAUUGACGAGCUUUCAAUUCCGGCGACGAGUGGCGUAGAUGAGUUUCCUGAUCAAGACUCGCAAGAUGAACCAGCGAGACGACCCCUUCUGACGGACUCUUUCCCGUUGCUACAGGGCUCCAGAAAAAGAAUUGAGAAAAAGGAGUACGGUUACAAUUUGGAGGAUUACAACCCCGCCGACGAAGAUGAGCAGGAGGUCUGGCCGUGCGACACGCUGCAGCUGUGGAUCUUUCGGCUGGUGCUGUUUUUCUUCACGCUGAUGCUGCAGUACGCCCUGACGUACUUUUCGCGGAACUGGACCAACCGCCACAGCGGUUUGCCGCCCGAACUGAUGACCCCGGCAAUUCCUCACGGGAUCGGAGCGACGCCUCUAGAGCGCAUGGGUUUCGCGCUGCACGCGGUCGACUUUUGCGGGAAAUGCGGCGCCAGUCUUUUCUUUGCUUGGUUUUGCACGGAUUUCUUCUUCCGGCGCGACCUCAACAGCGACAGGACCUGGAUCGGAAAAAUGUUUCAGCGCUGGGACGCGGAAAUUCUACGAGAGGCGAAAAGAGAUGAAGUAGUGCAGGGUGCUGAGCACCGAGUUGGAGAACGCUUCGAGGUAGUGCAGCAAAAACAUGAAAGCACGGGAGCGGAGACGGUCGGCGCCGGCGGAACCUGUUGCUUUAAGUUUUACAGGUGUUGCUGUCGCAAGAAGACAAGGAAGCGCGGCUGCUCUUGCUCCUUUCAUCCUCUACGCACUCUCGCGCUGGUCCUCACCUCAUUUCGCAUACAGUCGGUGUGGCUUGCCCGGUUGUGGACGGUGGCUGGCUUAUCCUGUCGAAGAGAAAUCGAUGACCUAGAUCACGUCUCCUUCUUGAUUAUAGAUGGAACUGCGAACAACUAUUUUUUACCUUUCGCUUUCACUUGUUGAGGGCCAAUACUGUUUGUAUCUCAUCUACCUGGACAUAGUCAGCAUGUACGGAUCUUGCGUUGCUGCACUGAAUUGCAUCUUGAAGGAAAACCUGGCUCAUGUGUUGAUGCUGCCCUGCUUGGGAGGACUAGAGCACGUGUGCCUUUUGAUUCAUUUCAGGGGAUCAAAUUGUAUCAAAUUGCAACUAGUACACGACUAGUUUUGACGAUUUUUACGCGGCUGGAAAGUCCGUUGAUAGUAGUGACGAAGGAGAUAGGAUAAGGUCAUGAUCGGAGAUUUUGCAACCGGUGAUGCGUGAUCCACACAAUUUUGUUUCAGAUGCAGCAAGAUCUGACACACAAACCGAAUGGUGAGCUGGUGGCUUCGUGGAGCGAACCCAAGAACCGGUACGACUGGGACUACAUGAUUGUCUGGAUCGGAGUGUUGGGGAACGUGGCGCUGCUCUACUUUGUGACGAAAGUCGGGCGCCUGCGGUACUAUCUGGUGGGGUCCAACAUCAUUUUUGUGCGCCCUCUUUACGUCGUACUGACCUGGUACAUGUCGAGGUAUUACGAAAUCGGGUCGCCACUCAUUCGCGGCGAUGGGGUGUUGCUCUCGAUGCAGAACGAGCGCAGGUUCUGGCUGUGGUUGAUCUAUUUCGGCACGCCCGCCGCGAUGGGACUUUUGAACGCGAUCGUGGUACGUGUCUCCUGGAUCGAACUUAGCCACCCGGGCGAUCGAGAGGACUGGGAGAUCGCGGUGCGUGCGGAGCUCUUACAAAAGAAGUCGGCGUUGCUGAGCAAAGAGCACAAAAAAAGUACCAGAAUGGUGCUUGAUUCUAGCUCCACCAUUCUACCCGGAAGCAAUGGGCAAACGGCUGGCGGAGAACCGCGGGAACGAGGUGAAAAUUAUACGGGAACUGCUGCUCGUCCCCCACAAGAGGGAGCAGUACCUAAGAAAAAACCAGGAGAGCAGGCCGUCAAGUUCUUGGACGUCCCACGAAUCAAAAGCGCCGGACCCGCUUACGCGAGGCAACUUCCGGAAGAGAUAGGAGAUUUCUACUUUAUCGAACAGGACGAAGACGUGGAGCCUCCUUUGCGUACGUCCGCUGUAUGAAAUAGGACGAUUUCCAUUGUGCUAGCAUAUGACCGUAUUAUGUUUUUCUAUGCAUGCUCCUACAAGAAAAGAAAGAACAAGAAUUCAAAUUUUGACGAGAAACAGAAGAGCCACGACAUGCAGCAAGGAAGAUAUAAACAGCACGCGCCUUGUUGUUUUCGGAUACAAGGCUAAACAUUCCUUGCUGUCCCGCUGACAUGGCGAUACGGUUACGACCCCGUCCAUGGCGGGCAUCACAAAUAACAUACAUGCCUGGUUGUAUUUCUAUGCUAGCAGCACUUUUGUACAUGAUACCCUGCUGCCGACGCACAGGAGGAGCGCGACGACGACGAUGAGCCAGGGUAUGGGUAUGCAGAGAAAGAAGAGCAUUUCAUCGAGCAGACGGACGACUACGACAAUUUUUAUCUGGAGGCGACGUCAGCCACGAAAAAUCGGAUGUAUGAAGUACUAGAGCACGACGCUGAUGCGAACAACCUCCACGAGACGAGCAGCUACCCAAGCAGUGGCAUCACGAUCCCGGAGAGCCGGAAGGGUUACGUGGUGCCGUCGGACGUAAGCCUCGGGGUGCCCCCAUCGGAGGAUAAAUUGACGUCCAGGACGAGUUCGACCGCGUUUCUCGCCGUACCAGCACCGGCUCGUCCACUGAGAACUGGUCGGGAAAUGUUUAUUGGCAACAGAGCAAGGAGAUCUCUGUUUCGGAGGAGAAGACCUCCACGUGCUGGCCUCCGGGGUGCUACGGGUUGCUUCACGUGUUCCAAGUGCUGCCGAAAAAAGCGGUACUGCUGCGGUUGCUGCCGCGCGCACCUGCAAACGCAGGUUCAUUCGGUUCCGUACUUGUUGUUUUUCCUGCGGAUUUUGGGCCCUGCGGUGAUCCUCAACGGGGUGAUUGCCUGGGUUGUCAACUACGCCAUUGGCACCACGAACUGGAUCCAGACCAUGUAUUUUCUGGUGUAUUUCAUGCAGAAGAACCUGGUGAACGAGGAGCGCGUAAUCGCCAUUACGACGUGGUGGAACUGGAACCCCGAGGGACAUGCCCACGUGAUCCGUCUGGCCUGGCUGUACGAGAUCUACAUGCUUUGCGUUUUUCUCACCGCGAAGAUUAUGGCCGCCUAUAAGGUGCGGCAGUUAGGCUCAGGCACUGCUGCUUCCGGACGAAACACAACCGCCCUGUCUACUUCAACAGAAAAAAGAGCGAUCCGGGAUAACAGAGCAAUGAUCGCAAGCCAAACAAGCAGAAAAAAAGUGGGCGAGCAAAGGGGCGAGCUUUAUCAACAAGAUGUUGGCCAUUACGCACCAGUUGAGAAGCAACAGAAUCAACCGCGCAAUUAUCCUGCUGCUGUGCAGGUUAAGGAUACUUCCGUGUUGCGGCACCCGGAGUUGUUUGGCGCACGAUUUAAAGAUAGUUCUUUCAGCAACAAGCUUGAUCGAGAAUCUGCGAAUGGAGGACUGUAUAAUCUUGCGUACGAUCACAUACUCUCAAGUCCGCCGGAUUCACCGAAUUUCUCUCUCACAGAGUCCCCGCCGGGGUCGCCGCUGCGAGUGGCCCGACAGGCGGAAGGGGAGAGCAAGAGCCGCGUUGGAAACACGACAACUUCAACGCCUGCUGCCAGCUCAUCUCCAGACGCCGCUCCAGGGCUGGCCUCCCCUGCGAGGAUGAGCAAACAGCAUGCUCACUUUGUUCCCGGGCGGGGCAGAGCGGAUACACAAGAGACGUUGCACACCAACCGGUAUCUACUCUCCGGUAGCCACUACAGCCACCGUUCGGUCGGGGAAUUCUAUCGUCCGGAAAAUUGAUUGCACGCAUCGCGCGAUCGAAACUUCCAUCGGCAUGAUGAUUGAAUUGCAAAUUUUCAUGUGCACAAGGUCACGAUCGGGACAAGAAAGGAAGAACUCAAGAACGUGAACGUCGGACACCUGAGGCAUGGUCUUGCUCCGCGGCCUGUCUUAUCACUUGCAUGCUCCGGUUCAAUCUCGAUGUAGUUCUCUUCGGAGUUCUUUUCUGCAGCUGUACGCUGUAGUAUGUGUAUGCGACACAUUGAUCUGGUAAACUCUUCCAGUGUUAUUUAUCCACAGCUGCUCGAGCUCGAUAUACAUAGAUUGUCCUGCGGCGGUCAUAUAGAUAUAUUUAACUCGGUCGGUGAGGUCGUGCAUUUUGGUCCGGAGGGAUACAAUUUUCCACGUACAAAGCGGCGUAUCGGAUGAGGAUCUUCUCGGCAAUGAAACUAUUCCCAAUGUUCUCGGCGACCGAAUUGGAAGCGACGACAACAGUGGACGCUUUUUACGCAACAAGACUUUCAACAACAGGUCAGUGCAUGCGAGUUUUGCACGCGCGUACAAGCUGCCGGACGGCGCAGUCAGAACCGAGAUGUUUGUGCCGGGUGUUGAUGCGCAGAAGAACUAUCAGCACCUGAGCCCGCGAGAGAGAACGGUGAUGCUCUCGCGGGCCCGAGACAGCCUGAACUUCAACGUGUACGAGUCCUUCUUCCUCGUCUUCGGCAUCAUUGGCGGCUCGCAAAUCCGCGUUCUGGUAUCGCUGGGAAUGUUCGCGCCCUUUGGUUUCAAGAGCGUCAAUUUCGACUUCGACCCCUUUGACUACGUGCAAGGGUUCAGCAACGGUGUCGUGGCCAUGCUGUACGGCGAGUGGCUUCUGUUCCUGCUCUUCCUCUUCUGCACGGGAUUCAUGUUCAAACGGGUCAAGAACCACGUGCUACUCUGUCUCCCGCCGCUCUACUACAAAGUCCAGCUUCUCUUUCUGCUCAUGGGCGCCUACACCUACGGUAUAACGCACAGUCUUACAUUUCGUUUUGAAAAGAGGUAACAUUGCGACCUUACCAAGGACGAUAUCCUUGUCUCGAUUUUUGCGUCAUCCACCUUGGUAACUUUAGGAAGUAAAACUAAUCGAGUGAAAAGUCAAUAGCUACUACGUUGUAUUGAUACCCUUAGUAGAGAUGAGGAUGACAAAGACCUCCACAGUGCCAAAAACACCAACAACAGCCACAUUCGCGUGGGGCUUUUGGAUAGCCGGACCACAGGCAAAGGCGCUGGGUCCAGGCUGGACUGCUGUGUUUCCCACCUCAACUGGCGAUUUGUUGCUCUCUCCGGCGCAGGCGUUUCAGUUUGUGUUCGGAAUAAUGGGGCCCGCGCUGCUGCUGUGGAGCUACGGGUGGUAUUCGGUCAUGCUGCAUGCCUACUGUGCGGAGGCGCCGGAGAAAACCUGCGGCGACUGCACAAACAGUUAUUUCUCGGAGUGUUGCCAGGAGCGGCGUAGAAAUCCGUUUAUUUUUGCGCGGGGCGAGAUGCGGACGAUAGGAGGGAAAAACGCAGCACUACCUGCGACAAGCGAUGUUGUUGACCAACAAGCCGAGCCACUGCUGCAGCACCAAACGGAAACCGUUGGGCCGCCCAUUGCGGUGGACGCUGCGAGUACUUCUUCUAGAGCUACGGCAUCAAUGAGAAGUGGUCACGCAGCACACUUCGACGAGAAUUAUUCGGCGCAGGAGAAGAAGAACGACAACGACAUCAUUCAAGGUGUUGUUCAGAACCCAACGAUCAGCGCCGCUUACCCGUUCGGUACGCAGUCCUCUUUGUCUUCUUCAUCGUCGGACGAAGAAUCAUCUAGGUCUGACCCGGACAGCGACGAGCAAGAGAAAUCACGCUGCUGGAAGCCGUGUUGUUACGGGUUCGCGCACGGCUGCGGCAUGCGGAGUUUGCAAUGGACGUGGGUCAUCAUCGCCGUAGCCGGAAUGGCUUUUGUCAUGGUAGACACCAAUCUCGGACCGGGGCAAGGGCUUGUGUUACGAUGAGCAACGCGGUAAUGCAGUUUAAUUUGACCAAGACCAUCCAAAGCGGAGGCACGGCUAAAGCGUAGUUAUAAUCCGUUUUAUUAUGUCACAAUGUUGAUGUUGAUGUUCUGUAUUGAUGAUUUACCACUUUUUACAUAUGGCAGUCACUCGCGGAUGCGGCAACAGUCAGACGCUCGCCUUAAGACCACACGGUUGUUUUUUCAGCUUUAUUGAUUUUACCACCAUGGUCAUGGUUGUGUUUAUUUUUGUCGUCGGUUUAUGUAUUUCCAUUCCGCUGGCUCAAUCAUCUCCAUUCCGAGAUCGAUGAUGCAAACUGAUCUCUCGAGUAAGAAAAAUAGCCAGUAUCACCAUCAGCUCUGACUGGUGGUGAACAAUAGAUAUUGAUGAUGAGUGAACGAAAUUACCGUGAUCUGGAGGUGGUUCCAGCGAGGGACCGAACAUCCGCAUAGACUUUCGCCACACAAUUUUUCAGAGCACAAAAAGAAACU